UUGUUCGUUUUACUCGCCAAAAAGUGAUUCAAUCAACCCAUCAAAAUGCAUAUGAUAGCAAUCGGCAAACUGAUCAUGAUGAGAGUCAAAGUCUACAGACUAAUGAGAGCUAAAGGUAUAGCCCGAGGAAAAUCUUACCUAUCUUUCAUCGAUAGACUUCACUACUGGAACGCCAAAUGGCUGCAUUGUGGCUGCAUCAAAACACACUUUCGUGUGAAUCGAGAUAAACCUUACAUCAUCAAAUUGUUCAAAAUGUACGUGACGAUGACAACUGCAGGCACAUUUCCGCAUUUUGUAUUAACAGCCAUUCUAGGGUUUAUUGGUGGAAUUAUACUUAGCUAUGCGUAUUUUUUCAUGAGCGCUGUUGUCUUGGAUAUGUCAACGUACUCGGCAUUUUAUGUUAGUGCCUUUUUGUGUAUUUUUUUAACCAUUGGAAUGGCCUUUUUUGAAGGCGUAAGAUGCGUUGUAAUGAGCGUAUUACCAGAAACAUGCACUUCGAGAGCUCGAGCCAUGCUGAUCUCGAUCGCUUUAUUCCUUCUCAUUUCAGGACCCGGAUCAAAUAUCCUAUUCAACACCAGACAACUGACUGACACAAUAGCUUGUACACAGGAGCAAGUAGGAGCAAUCAGUCACAAUUUGACCGAAUUGUACAAAAAACCAAUACGAAUCAUGAAGCAGGGUAUAAGUUACCUAAUGAAAUCAAUUAAACCAGUCAUAGAUAAAUUGAAAAGCAUUGUUUCGUGGAUUAAAGAUGCAGUAUUAACAAUCGCUAGGAUUAUAAAAAAAGUUUCCAAGUGGCUGGCUGUAUUCAAAAUCAAUUGCCAUACGAUAGGAGGAAUUCCACUUGAAAUUUGUACAAGAACCAUAGACAAAUGGUUAAAAAGUUGCGAGGACACGUUCUGGAAAGAAGUGUGUAGUCCGAUCAAGAUCCUUACUUGGAUUUGCUUCCCUUUCAAAACUAUCGCUACAAUAUGCGCUAUUAAAAAUUUUAUCAAAGAGAAUAUUUUCGAUGUUUUGAAAGCCAAAAUUAAAGACCUGGGUCAUUUCCUGAAAACAAUCUUCUACGUGAAGGUCUCCUUUCACCAUUCUUACAACUUCAAGACAAAUCAAAGUAAAUCGUUGAGGGAUGUUUACAAAGGUGUUCACGAGAGUCAGAAACAACGUUUGCAAUUCUUCCUAGGUAUCAUACAUUUCAUGAAGUUCGUGUUGGGCAUGUAUAUAGCUUAUGUUUUGAUCACAGCUUUCAUCUAUCGAUACAGAUUCUUCUAUCAGACUCGUUAUGAUAAUCGUCACGUCAACCAAUUUCUCAUAGAUCUCGAUACGAAACGGGCCACCAUCAAUAGACAAACUCUGUUUCCAUUAACAGCAUCAGAAAAAACGACCUAUGUCGCACUUUCUUCGCUGAGAUUAACUGCAUUAGAACGUAGAUCAUUUCUGAGGGGAUCAGUUUAUUUAAUUAUGGCUUGUUUGAAAACUUCUUUUAUUUUCUUGAUAGACGUAUUCUUAUUCUUCAUUUUGGAUUUGGUGCAUAACCAUGGCAGAAUAUCAUUUUACUUUGGAAGAGAUAAAUCGAUAUUUGGAGCUGAAGGAAGUGGAUUUUUUUACACCCUGUAUAGUCUGUUCAAUAACUUAUUCAACGUAUUCGAUAUCGAACUACGUUUUGAUACAGGCCCCUGCCUACCUCAAGCUAUUCCUGUUGAUUAUCUAGUCUACCAAAGAAUCGCAGUUAUAAUGGGAUUUGCAUGGGUCAUGUCUCUAAUGCAGCCAUUCGCUUUACGUUUUCGUAACUACGUUAUGUCUAAUUAUUAUCCGCAUAUAGCUCGUCGAAGAGCAGUUUGGCUGUAUAAUCAUAUUUUACAAACUAGGGGAGUCUUUUCGCAGUACGUUAGACGCACCUUGUUCACUAGAGGAGCAAUUGGAUUACGUUCUGAGAAACCGGAUCCGUAUAAAUGGCUCAUUGCCAGGUAGAUAUCAACACAUUACGUAUCGAAACUCUCGC